GGGAACCGAGCGGCGCGGCACUAAGUGAGGUGGCCGCUCUAAGACGCGGCGACUCCCGGUAUCCCGCGAUGCCGAGACCGGACGCGGACGGCUCGCCUCUCUGAGCCGGUGUCGGCGCGGAAGGCACCGAGGGAGGCCAUGGCGGAGUCCUCCGAGCCCGGGCGGCGGGUGGCCGCGGGUGGCGAGAGCCUGGACGAAGAAGAGGACGAGGAGCGGGAGCCGCUGCUGCCGAGGAUCGCCUGGGCCCCGCCGCGGAAGGGAGCCCCGGGGACCGCCGUGAGGCUGGUGGGGGAUGCAGGGGAGGCGGGCGCGGCGUCCCCUGACCAGGCGGACGACAGGGAACUGCUGCUCCGGCCCGCAGACUCGCCCCGCUGCCCCUCCCGCGGCGGGGUGCUCCCGCGGAGCUCUCCCACCGACCUGGACUGCAGCCGCUCCGUGGGCUCAGAGUUGAACACAUUCUUGGAUGAUCCAGUGUUUGCUGAUGUUAUUUUGAAAGCAGAGCAAGCAAUUGAAUUUGGAGUUUUUCCAGAAAGAAUCUCUCAAGGUUCAAGUGGAAGUUAUUUUGUCAAGGAUCCUAAGAGGAAAAUUAUUGGUGUGUUUAAGCCCAAAUCAGAAGAGCCUUAUGGCCAACUGAAUCCAAAAUGGACCAAAUAUGUUCAUAAGAUCUGCUGCCCGUGCUGCUUUGGCAGAGGCUGCUUGGUGCCCAACCAGGGGUAUCUUUCCGAAGCUGCUGCCUCCCUUGUGGACGAAAAGCUUCAUCUGAGCAUUGUACCGAAAACAAGGGUGGUUUGGCUUGUCAGUGAGACAUUUAACUACAGUACCAUUGACCGUGCAAAAGCUAGAGGCAAAAAGUAUGCCUUAGAGAAAGUGCCCAAAGUAGGAAGAAAAUUUCAUCGGAUAGGACUCCCUCCUAAGAUUGGUUCCUUUCAGUUAUUUGUUGAAGGUUACAAGGAGGCUGAAUUUUGGCUUAGGAAAUUUGAAGCCGACCCUUUGCCUGAGAAUAUUAGAAAACAAUUUCAGUCACAGUUUGAAAGAUUAGUGAUUUUGGAUUACAUCAUCAGAAACACAGACAGGGGAAAUGAUAAUUGGUUAAUCAGAUAUGAAAAGCAGAAACGUGCAUCAGAAAGUAAGGAAGCAGAUUGGACUGAUGAUAAAGAAUCGCUUAUUCAAGUAGCUGCAAUUGAUAACGGUCUAGCAUUUCCUUUUAAACAUCCUGAUGAGUGGAGAACAUAUCCAUUUCACUGGGCUUGGCUUCCCCAAGCAAAAGUUCCCUUUUCUGAAGAAACAAGAAACUUGAUUCUACCAUAUAUUUCUGACAUGAACUUUGUGCAAGAUUUAUGUGAAGAUCUUUAUGAACUUUUUAAGAUUGACAGAAGAUUUAACAAAGCUACUUUUGAAAGUCAGAUGUCUGUGAUGAGGGGUCAGAUCUUAAAUCUUACCCAGGCUUUGAGGGACGGGAAGAGUCCGGUCCAGCUGGUACAGAUGCCUUGUGUGAUCGUGGAGCAGAGCCAAGGGCGGGCCCAGGGCCGGAUCGUCCAGCUCAGCAGCUCCUUCACGCAGACGUUCCACUGCAGGAAGCCCUUCUUUUCCUCCUGGUAGCAGGUGGCCGAGACGCCUGCGUUCUCGUGCGGCUGAAAUGGGAAGUGUGUUGAGAUUGUAUUGCAGUGAUGCAGAUCUGCUGUUAAGCGCUCGGGUUGCCAGAACCUCCAAUAAUAAUGUGUUUUAAAGGUUAUGUUUUGAAUGUUCUCAGAAGUUUACAGUUUUUUGUCCAAAUAUUAACUUUUUAUUUCAGGGAAGAACUGAGAUAUCUCCUAUAUAGUAUUUUUGUAGAAAAAUGUACUUUAUGUUGAUGAUGUUAGUUGCAAAGGUAAUUUCAUGGUUUACACUUUCUGAAAUGACUGUAAUUAUUUUAGAAUUUCAAAUAGGAAAAUAAGGUAUUUGUUGACCUUGAAUAAAAUAACUUUUUAUAUACUUUUUAAACAUUGAGAAGAAUGUUUAUGUUAAUUCUUCUUAGAAUAUCAAAGCCUUUGAAUAUGAAACUACCCUUAUGAGCUUAAUAGAUUAGUUAAUAGAAAAACAGGUAAGAACAAAGCAAUGCUGCCUUAAUUUAAAAAGCUGCUAUUUUAGAGCUUGAAUAUGUCCCUAAAGUGACAGUUGUGAGGGACCAGAAAAGUAUAUCUUAGUUAAGUAAUAGAUGACCUUUAUUUUUUUUUGUACUUCAGAAUAUUUUUGGUCAAUUAUUUUGUUAUAAUGAGGAAAAAAUCUAAAGAUGACCCUUUUUUUAAAAAUAAAAACACUCAACUGAGACUUGAGAAUUAUAUAAAAUUAAGGUAGAUCCUUAAUGUUUUUGAAAUUCCAGGAUAACAUUAAAAAUUCCCUUUCGUUCCUUGCAUGGAAUCAAUUACAUAAUCACUACUCCAGAUUACUAAUCUUGUUCAGUUCAGUACUUCAGUUAGUAUUAAACUUCACUGAAAAGUAAACCGUCCUCACAGUACGUAUUAGAUUGUAUUUGGGGUCCUAGGAUAUAAACUUUUAAAAAUAACAGUACUGUUUUCAGGUACUUGAAAUUCCCAGAGUUAUAAUUACAGUCAAAUUUAGAACAUCAGCCCUGAUUACAGUGAACCAUGACAGAGAUAACCAUCAAAUCAUGUAUGCUUGAAUUUGAACGUCAGUAUGUCUGACAUUCUGGGAAUAUGUAGCACUUUUAAUUCGCUGAGUGAUUUAAAACAUGAUGCACCCAGUGUGAAGAGGUGAUUCCAAAGAAGCAGAAGUUUCCUUCUCGUCUCCAGGCUCCAAACAAGUAACACCACCACUCGGAAUGAACAGGGCAGUUUAUGGUUUUGGCCUUUUGCUUUUGAAGCUUUCUGUCUUGUGAUUUUUUUUUCUUCAUUAAGUACUUUUGCAUCAAAAGUACUUCCCGAAGGUCAGGUUAGGGGGGAAGACAGGUCUGCAGUUCCCCCUCCCUUCCCUCCUUCCUCUCGACCUCCGACCUCCGUGGCUGGGACGCAUGAGAACGCAGCUGUCCUGGCAGGAGCGUCCCCCUGCCUCCCCGACCCUCCGUCGCCCCACUGCUGACAGGACGGAAGACUGCAAGUGUGGGGCUCAGGCUGCUGUCGUUAGGUGAAUGCUGGUCACUGGAACAUGCCUUUGAAGGCGUGUUCUAGAAGAACUAGACGGUUGUGGUGUGGGUAACGGCUUUCUAAAACAGCUCUUUUUUUUUCCAGUAUUUUGAGAAUUACUGUAUUAAUUUUUAUAAUGAAAAUCUUAGUAAGUUACUACUGUGUUAUAUCCUAAACAUUAAAAUAGUGUGGAAAUAUGUUUUAAUGGUCUGACCAGGCCAAAAAGCUAAGUUGAAAUAUUUAAGAUGUGAUUAUAAGUCAGAGUAUGUUGGUUAUAUUUUGUGCAUUUUCAUGAACUUAAUUCUUAUUUAAGUAUUGUGCUAAUUUUUUUCCGUGAAUGUAUUUAUAGUGUCAAAUGGUAGACGAAAAGGAGUAGAAAUUGUUGUCUGAAGGCUAGAUUUCUCCUGAAGUGUGUCUGUUGAAUAUUUAGGUUUGUAAACAUGUUUCUGUUUUAAAUGAUGCCAAACCAUUUUCUUACUUCCUAUCUCAGUAGUACAGUUUAGUUCUGUGUAAUUCCACAAGAUACAUUUAACUAGAACCUUUAUAACUGGAGACAUUUUAAUUUUAUUUAAUUAUAUGCUGCCUUGUUCUCCCCCAAAUUUGUCAGCAGUUGAAGACUGGAAACAUGAUGUUUUGUCAUUGAAAACAAUUUGAUUCACAAUUUUCGAUAAAUUUAAAAUACUUUACUA